AUGUACAACGCCCACCGCGGCAUGGUGCCCGCCCCCAACUCCCGCCUGACGGAGUUGCUCGACCAGCUGCGCCAGGAGUUUGAGAGCCAGUCUCGGAGCACCGGUGAAUAUGAACAUCAGUUAACCGGACAGCUCCAGGAGAUGGAGAUGAUCCGCCAGAAGGUAUACCAGCUGGAGCAGACUCAGAUCAAGAUGAAGGCAGACUACGAGGCUGAAAUCCGAAUGUUGCGACACGAACUCGAGCAGCGCGGUGUGCAACCUGUCUCUUCGCACAUCGCGGCCGCGCCGCACACCGGUCCUCAGGCGCAACCACCAUCAUUGGUGGUCCCGGUCUUGCCCCUCCCCCCCUCCCAGGAUCAGCAGCCUUCCCAGCAUACCCUUCAGCAGCCUGCCUCGGCUCCCCAGCCUGGUGCGCCGCAGCCCCCGCAGAGCUUCCCUGGAGGAUAUCAGCCUGGUGCUGCUGUGAACGGCUAUGGACCUCCCCCUCCUCCUACUGCAUCCCCUGGCCCGGGUAAGGGUCGUCGCACCGCCCCAGGUCCGGCUACUCCCCAGCAGACCCAGAUCGCGUACCCGGAUCCUCGCGCCUCGCCUCAAAUCCCCCGUCCCACGCCCCCGAACCAGUCCCUUGUGCGCGCUGAUCGCCCGGGUAACAUGCUCGCCAACUGGGACCCCGCGGAUCUCCCCGCGUCGCAAAAGCGUGAGGGCUCCGAUUGGUAUGCCGUGUUCAACCCGGAGGUUCAGCGUGUGCUGGACGUUGAGCUGGUGCACCAUCUCAACCAUGACAGCGUGGUCUGUUGUGUUCGGUUCAGCCGUGAUGGCAAGUACCUAGCGACGGGCUGCAACCGCUCGGCGCAGAUCUUCGAUGUGACCACUGGUCAGAAUGUGGCGACGCUGCAGGAUGAGAAUGUUGACAAGGAUGGUGAUCUCUACAUCCGUAGCGUUUGUUUCAGCCCGGAUGGCAAGUACCUGGCCACCGGUGCAGAGGACAAGCAGAUUCGGGUUUGGGAUAUUGCUGCACGCACCAUCAAGCAUAUCUUCAGCGGCCACGAGCAGGAUAUCUACUCGCUGGACUUUGCCGGUAACGGUCGCUAUAUUGCCUCGGGCAGUGGUGACAAGACUGUCCGUCUGUGGGAUAUCCUGGAUGGCAAGCUUGUUUACACCCUGAGCAUCGAAGAUGGCGUCACCACGGUGGCUAUGUCCCCCGACGGUCACUACGUGGCUGCCGGUUCUCUGGACAAGAGUGUGCGCGUGUGGGAUACCACCACUGGCUAUCUGGUGGAGCGUCUGGAGAACCCGGACGGCCACAAGGACAGCGUGUACUCGGUUGCCUUUGCGCCCAACGGUCGCGACCUGGUCAGCGGUAGUCUGGACAAGACCAUCAAGUUGUGGGAGCUUACUGUCCCGCGGGGCAUGCACCCUCACAGCGGCGUCAAGGGCGGCAAGUGUAUUCGCACUUUCGAGGGCCACAAGGACUUUGUGCUUAGCGUGUGCCUGACGCCCGAUGGCCAGUGGGUCAUGAGUGGCUCGAAGGACCGUGGGGUCCAGUUCUGGGAUCCAGUUACUGGUAAUGCGCAGAUGAUGCUGCAGGGCCACAAGAACUCCGUCAUCUCGGUGGCCCCCGCCCCGACCGGCAACCUCUUUGCUACUGGCAGUGGAGACAUGCGUGCACGGAUCUGGAGGUAA